AUGCCCAAACCGAUGUGUGUGCCUCUCCAACUCCCGGAAGCAUUUGCUCAAAUACCGCACUACAAGAUCCUCUACCCCAUUUCAUCUCCCAUCCACCCAUUACCCUCAAUCGUACCAGCAAGCGUCUCCCCGCACCAACCCCUCAUCUCCGUUCACGCCAAACGGGAAGACCACUCCUCACCAUUAGCCUGCGCUGGCAACAAAUACCGCAAAUUAGAAUAUAUAGUUCCCGAUAUUCUCUCAGAUACACCAAUUUACCACUACCAUGAAAAUAACCCAACUCCACCAGGCCCCCUGACAGGCCCAGCAACAACGCUCGUAACAGAGGGCGCAAUUCAGAGCAACCACACCGUGCAAGUAGCCGCUCUAGCCUGUAAACUCGGCCUGAAGGCUUUAAUCCUGCUGCACCGUGGUACGGGCGGCGGUCUCCGCGCAGCACAGGAUAAAGAGGCCUUCCAACGCAGCGGGAAUGUUCAAAUCAACCAUAUUCUCGGUGCUGAAGUGCGUGUCUGUGAGGAAGGGGAUCCGCUAGCGUGCGAUGCAACACCCCUACUUGAUCAGUUGAAAGCUAGUGGCGAGAAUCCUUACUGGAUUCCCGGUGGUGCGAGCUUACAUCCGCUGGGUGGAUUGGGGUAUGCGAGGGCUGCGUUCGAGAUUGCUGCGCAGGAGGAGGAGAUGGAGCUUGGUGGAUCGGGGCAGUUUGAUUAUGUGUUUGUUGCGUGUGGGAGUGGGAGUACGGUUGGUGGGCUAGUGGCUGGUUUUAAGAUGCUUGAAAGGAUGGAUGGGAAGACGAGGAAGGUGAUUGGUGUUCUUAAUUCACCGACUCAGCCACAGGAUUAUCAUGAGGAGCGGGUGCUCAAUUUUGCGAAGAGAGCCGCAGUUUUGAUCGGACUGGAUGCUUGGGACAUUAGCAUUAAGGAUGUGCGGCUUGAUGAUCGGUUUGUUGGGAGUGCGUAUGGCGUACUUGAUGAUCAGAGUAAAGAGACUUUGGAGAUCAUGGCACGGACGGAGGGCAUGGUCUUAGACCCUGUUUAUACGGCUAAGGUUGCGAGGGGAAUGAUGCAUUGGGUGAAAGAGGGCGAAUUUUCGAGUUCGGGGCUAAAUGAGAUCAAUGUGCUUUUCAUUCAUACGGGAGGACAGGCUGCUCUGGGAGCUUAUGCAGAUGUCAUUUGA